AUGGGCCGAAACCCUGCAGUAUUUCCAAGGCCGGAGCGCUACACGCCCCAGCGCUGGCUGGAGAGGAAAAGGAGUUUCCAGCACCUGGCCUUCGGCUUUGGGCUACGCCAGUGCCUGGGGAAGCGCUUGGCACAGGUGGAGAUGCUUCUCCUGCUGCACCAUGUGCUGAAAUCCUUCAAGGUGGAGACACGAGAGCAAGAGGAUGUGCAGAUGGUCUACCGCUUUGUUUUGAUGCCCAACUCCAGCCCCCUCCUCACUUUCCGGCCUGUAAGCUAGUCAGUUUUGCAUCUAGGGUCCACUCAAGCUCCAGCCUACCUCUAUCCUAACACCCAAGGUCAUACAUCUUUGCCAACAGGAUGUUGUUUAGGGGCCACACUGUCAUCCUUCAGCACUUGUAGAAGAUUCCCACUAAAGACCUGCAGGGCCAGGGAUUGCAAGGUCAGGGAAGGGGCUGGGAUGAUCUUGGAGACAACAACCAGUCCCUGCUGUGUGAUUUCCCCCAUCCUUUCAACACUCACUCCAGGCACCUAUGGCCUCCAAGGGCCUCAGAAUAAAGCCAGAAGACAUUCCCUUUCA